GUGUCUGUCUACAGACAUGCCAGCUGACAUGGCGUAAUAUGUUGUGGGAAGUUAAUAAGACUGAAGGAGUAGAGGAAAACAAAAUGGAUGCUAAUAGAAUGGAACACUCCUUUGAUCUUCUGAAAUGCAAUGAGGCUCUGUUCUCCUCACCUGGCUGCCCCCCUACUCCUAUGGAGUAUGGUAAAUAUAUGCUAUUAUGUAAUAGGUCUACAUAACACACACACACAGGUAUAAGACUGCAAUGUAAAGUGUUACCAUAAAGGACAGGAAACUAUAUUUUCUAUGUAAUUCUAUUCUAUUCUGAACGCUUAUAAGCACAGCCCUGACCAACCUCACUCCUCUCCUGCUCCAGAUGACCUGCCAGAGCUGCAGGAGGUAGAGGAGAACCAGUCCUCUCCAGUGCUGUUCCGUGUGGGAGCUGGGGUGUCACAUCGGGAGUGUAUAGCUGGUUCCCCUCACACCAACUGGCUGACUGAGCUGGCUAACAUUGCCACCAGCCCUCAGAGCCCCCUACUGCAGGAGCCUGCUCCCAUCAAGAGGUACCUGUUGUGUUUAGAGGUUGACAAUGCACAUGCACACUUAUUUACUGUAGCACGCACACACACACACACACACACACACACACACACACACACACACACACACACACACACACACACACACACACACACACACACACACACACACACACACACACACACACACACACACACACUGACUGACAGAGCCACACAUCAACAAAGCAUUAGGUUGAUGUUUGAUUGAUAUGUUGAUAUUGAUAUGUAUAUUAGUAUUUAUCCUUAUCAGGUUGUCUCCUGGACGGGCCAAGUGAUGGUGUUAGAUUGUUAAUGUGUUGAUCAUUAAUAUGUAUUUCUCUCAUCAGGUCGUCUCCUGUGCACAUCUUUGCCACCAGUCGUAGUUUACAUUCCUACGCCCGACCGCCCCUAGCCAGCAGUGCACCCAGCCCCUCUAGGGGUCACCUUAGGGAGCGCAGCAGACGUGUCAGAGUACGACCUUUCACCUUUUACCUUUCAGUUCAACCGUUUCCUGUGUGUGGACCCUAUCACCCUCUCCACUCCUAUACUGAAUGAAUAAAAUGUUUUUGUACGCGUCACCUCACCUAGACUAUCUACUACAAGAUUAUGUAUGAUCAUUGUUGUGGUCAAUUACAUUUGAGUUUAGUCAAUUCAGGAAGUAAACUGAAAUCCUUCACUAAAAUUCAAAUUUUCCCUCAAUGGAUUGGAAAUUCAUUGAGGAAUUUCCUUAAUGGACUGAAUUGAAGUGGCAUUGGCCAGCUCUGAUGGGCAUGCUUCAUUCAGCGCAAUGUAACUGUUCUAUAACAUUGCGACAACACUGCAAUUUAUAACGUGCUGUUUUGUAAUAUGUUUCUCUUUGUUUGAACGUCCCCCAUUCAGGCCAGCAGUGAGUCAGAGUCUGGUGUGUUCUCUAUGUCAUCCUUCUCUGAUGAUGAAGACAUGGGUUGGUCUAACUCCUGGCCCUCAACAGCCUGGCACUGCUUCCUGAAAGGUAUGGACGCACGCACGCACGCGCACACACAGACACACACACACAGAGAGAAAGAGAGAGAGAAAUGGAAAAGCUUUUCCUAGAAUUUUGGCCUUGAGUGCUUUUACCUUUUACUUGUGGAAAAAGCCUAGUUAACACAUUGAUAACAAGUGGCUGUGCAGUCUGGAGUCAGGACUGUAUCAGGCAACAGAUCCCAGAUCCUGUGGCAUGGCAUGGAUGAAAGAGAACUUCCUCCAGUUGAUCAGUAGCAAGAUUGAGGCUAUGCUUAUUGGGACACCCAAGCAGGUCAUCUGCCCUCCAAUCAACGGCUAGGUCGUCCACCUGUCCACUGUCAUCUCCAACCUAGGAGUCAAGUUUGAGUAUGUAAAACAUACUUUUUCCAUCUUAAAAACAUUGUCUGGGUCAUACCAUCACUAUCCCAGCCAGAUGCAGAGAAUCUCAUCCAUGCCUUCAUCUUCUCUCGGAUCGACUACGGCAAUGUGCUCUUUGGGGGCCUCCCAGCAAUCAAUCACUCACUCACUCACUCACUCACUCACUCACUCACUCACUCACUCACUCACUCACUCACUCACUCACUCACUCACUCACUCACUCACUCACUCACUCACUCACUCACUCACUCACUCACUCACUCACUCACUCACUCACUCACUCACAUGUUUUGCUGUUAAUCAGGCACCCGGCUGCGGUUCCACGGGGGUUCUAACAAGGAGUGGCAAGAGGCUGAGGACCUGGAAGACUCUGAUGACGAGUCAGAUGAUGACAGAAUAAUGCCAUCCACCUCCAGAAAGGUAGCAAAAUGUUUUACAGCGAAAAAUGACAAAAAGUCCACCUAGUCCCUCCCUGUUUGUUUGUUUUCUUCCGUUUGAUGCCUUAUGAACAUGCCCUUGAUAAUCGUCAGAGCUGAUAUGAUUGGGUAUCCUCCCUCUCACAUUUUUCUCUCUGGAUGUUGAUUGAUUUACAGAGCUACGGUUCGGAAGGUCUGAAGCUAGUGGCCCAUGAGGAGAACGUGUCGUACAGCCAGGCUGUCCUCAAACUCACCUUUGACCCCGGCUCGCCAGAAGAUGGCCUCUUAACGGCAGAGUGCAGAUUUCAUCACCCCUUUUUUGUGAAAAACAAAGGUAAAAGAACGAAAUGUCUUUGAAUUGUUAACAAGAUAACUGAAUCAGUUAAGGGAACAUGACGAACUGGAACUGCAUGCAAAUGAUAAAGGCAGGCGCUAUUGGUCUGAUCUCCAGAAGUUGUAGCUAUCAUCAGAUUGAUUAAGCAAAUGUUCAGCACUUAAUGUUCCAUGGAAGCGGAUAGGCCUAUUUGUGGACUAAUCUUUGAGACUGCAUGGUGAUAGGGCAUGCCUUGUAGUACAGGCCAGAUUCACAUCUUGGACAGGUUCACAUCUUUGUUUGUGUAUCUUUUAAAAUGUUUACAUCUCCAUAUCUCUUCCUGUCACAGGCUGGUCCUCGUUCUAUCCCAGCCUGACGGUGGUGCAGCACGGUAUCCCCUGCUAUGAGAUGCAGGUGGGGGACCUAUGUCUUCCUCCAGGCCACAGAGAUGCCAUAAACUGUGACGACUCUGUUGUCUUCGACACCUUCAGGAGGUACAGAAUAAUACCAAUGUUAAACAACAAAAAAACGUAUGCACACUCAUAUAUGCUCCCGGGGGCUUAGUUUAUUCAGACAAUAUCAAUGCCUCCGUAUGACUCUGUAGAUAAGAUUUAUGGUGAAAUGAUAUAAAUUGUAUCUACAAUCUCCUCUCUCUAUAUAUAUCCCUCUCCAGUUAUGACUUCACCCCUCUGGACUCGUCAGCUGUGUAUGUUCUGAGCAGCAUGGCCAGGCAGCGUAGGACCUCCCAGUCCAGCGGUGGCGCUGUCUCCCCCGACCCAGAGAAACUCUCUAGUUCCUCCCACCCCUCCUCCGCCAGCAAAUCAAACAGGAGCAAUACCUCAGGGACAGCCCCUGGCGGGGCCACGCCCACCAAAUGCAAGCGGCCAAUGAACGCCUUCAUGCUCUUCGCUAAGAAGUACAGGUUGGAGUACACACAGAUGUACCCUGGGAAGGAUAACAGGUGGGUAGGAAGACCAAAACGUGUUUGUGUGUGUGCUUGCGUGUGGGUGUGUGCAUUAGUGGGACAGUCCUGUUCUGACAAACUGUUUACAAAAUGAAAGGAUCUCUAUGUUAGGAAUGUCUCUGAGUAGGCUAUUGCUUUAGACCAGGGCCACAGGUAGGAUUACAGUAGUGGAGAAAAGACUGUUGUCUCACAGUAAUUGAUAAAGUUCCACACACAUGAGUGAAAGUAUACAGUGGGGAAAAAAAGUAUUUAGUCAGCCACCAAUUGUGCAAGUUCUCCCACUUAAAAAGAUGAGAGAGGCCUGUAAUUUUCAUCAUAGGUACACGUCAACUAUGACAGACAAAAUGAGAAAAAAAAAUCCUGAAAAUCUCAUUGUAGGAUUUUUAAUGAAUUUAUUUGCAAAUUAUGGUGGAAAAUAAGGAUUUGGUCAAUAACAAAAGUUUCUCAAAACUUUGUUAUAUACCCUUUGUUGGCAAUGACACAGGUCAAACGUUUUCUGUAAGUCUUCACAAGGUUUUCACACACUGUUGCUGGUAUUUUGGCCCAUUCCUCCAUGCAGAUCUCCUCUAGAGCAGUGAUGUUUUGGGGCUGUCGCUGGGCAACACAGACUUUCAACUCCCUCCAAAGAUUUUCUAUAGGGUUGAGAUCUGGAGACUGGCUAGGCUACUCCAGGACCUUGAAAUGCUUCUUACGAAGCCACUCCUUCAUUGCCCGGGCGGUGUGUUUGGGAUCAUUGUCGUGCUGAAAGACCCAGCCACGUUUCAUCUUCAAUGCCCUUGCUGAUGGAAGGAGGUUUUCACUCAAAAUAUCACGAUACAUGGCCCCAUUCAUUCUUUCCUUUACACGGAUCAGUCGUCCUGGUCCCUUUGCAGAAAAACAGCCCCAAAGCAUGAUGUUUCCACCCCAUGCUUCACAGUAGGUAUGGUGUUCUUUGGAUGCAACUCAGCAUUCUUUGUCCUCCAAACACGACGAGUUGAGUUUUUACCAAAAAGUUCUAUUUUGGUUUAAUCUGACCAUAUGACAUUCUCCCAAUCCUCUUCUGGAUCAUCCAAAUGCACUCUAGCAAACUUCAGACGGGCCUGGACAUGUACUGGCUUAAGCAGGGGGACACGUCUGGCACUGCAGGAUUUGAGUCCCUGGCGGCGUAGUGUGUUACUGAUGGUAGGCUUUGUUACUUUGGUCCCAGCUCUCUGCAGGUCAUUCACUAGGUCCCCCCGUGUGGUUCUGGGAUUUUUGCUCACCGUUCUUGUGAUCAUUUUGACCCCACGGGGUGAGAUCUUGCGUGGAGCCCCAGAUCGAGGGAGAUUAUCAGUGGUCUUGUAUGUCUUCCAUUUCCUAAUAAUUGCUCCCACAGUUGAUUUCUUCAAGCCAAGCUGCUUACCUAUUGCAGAUUCAGUCUUCCCAGCCUGGUGCAGGUCUACAAUUUUGUUUCUGGUGUCCUUUGACAGCUCUUUGGUCUUGGCCAUAGUGGAGUUUGGAGUGUGACUGUUUGAGGUUGUGGACAGGUGUCUUUUAUACUGAUAACAAGUUCAAACAGGUGCCAUUAAUACAGGUAACGAGUGGAGGACAGAGGAGCCUCUUAAAGAAGAAGUUACAGGUCUGUGAGAGCCAGAAAUCUUGCUUGUUUGUAGGUGACCAAAUACUUAUUUUCCACCAUAAUUUGCAAAUAAAUUCAUUAAAAAUCCUACAAUGUGAUUUUCUGGAAAGAAAAUUCUCAAUUUGUCUGUCAUAGUUGACGUGUACCUAUGAUGAAAAUUACAGGCCUCUCUCAUCUUUUUAAGUAGGAGAACUUGCACAAUUGGUGACUGACUAAAAACUUUUUUCCCCACUGUACAAUAACAAAUGAAUGAAUGAGUGACUGAAUGAAUGAAUGAAUUACGGUAUAAAUGAUAGUAUGUCCUUGUGUCCCUAUACAGAGCCAUCAGUGUGAUCCUGGGUGAUAAGUGGAAGAAGAUGAAGAGCGAGGAGAGGAGGAUGUACACUGUGGAGGCCAAAGCUCUGGCUGACGAGCAGAAGAGACUCAACCCUGACUGCUGGAAACGCAAGAGAACCAACUCAGUAAGUUGAUCACAGUGACCACGUUUACAUGCAGACCAAUAUCCCGUUAUUAUUCGGGAUACUCAAGUAUUCUGUUUUCGAAUUGACACACAAACAUCAUAUCCCAUUUACAAUAACCUGAAAAGCUUGUAUCCUGGCUAUGGGAAACCCAGAUCAGAUGUCUGGGAUAUGCUGAUCUUAGACUGGAUACUGUGGCAUGUAAACAUCUUAUCCCGUUUACUGUUGUUUUUCGCGGUCUGCGCAGGCUCAAUUUCGCAUAUCAUGGGUGUUGUGUGAUGAUGUUUUCAUCUGAUUGUCAAACAAAUCACUUCAAAAAGUAGGCUACCUGCGGAGUUCGAUCCACCAUAAUUCCAUAAUAAUUACUUUUGCUGAUAUUCUGUGCUGGACCGUAUAGCCUGGCUACUUUCACCUCUAAUUUAGACAACUUUCUGCUUAUAAUUUCCAACAUUUGGUAGGCCAUAUUAUAAUUUCCGACAUUUGGUAGGGCAUUUGUUUGUCAACUACAGUAUAGUUAGAUACAUGCAGCUUCUCUUCUGUCAUAACUUGUUGCCCCAGAAGACUAAAUAAAGUAGUGCUCAGCAGAAUAAUGUCCUACGUUGAUAGAAUGAAUGUAUUGGUAAUCUAAUUAACACCGGUAAAGUUGUCUGUUUCAUUUAGGGACCGGGGAGAAAACACAAAAACUCCAAAACAGUGGAAAGAUUGGUCCUGUGCAAAAUGUCCAAAUAUCAUCAGUUUGACCGGUUUUAAGGAAAUUAAAAUCUGUGAAAAUGAUGAAACACAUUUCAGUUCGUCUCAGGUGCGUAUUUGAUGCGGUUGAAAUACUGUCUGCUUGCAUAACAGUGUCAAAGAUAAUAUUACACGCGCAUUCACAUUUUCUCAAGAGAUGCGGAAAGAAAGAAAUCAUAUUUCUCCACUCCUCUUCCCGAGACAAAAUUAACAUUUGUUGUAUAAUUUUACUGCAAGAAAUGCAUAAUUCUGUAGGAGUUAUGAGCUAUUAUCCGGAAUACUGUGCGCAUCAUGUAAAUGGGGUCACUGAUCAUAAAGAACUCAGUAAGGUGUAAUAGGUAUGAUGCUGAUCUUAUUUCCAAGGCCCAGUUUCUCUGGUUUAAACCCAACUCUGUAAAGACUGUUAUUAUAGGCAUGAUCAUAAAGUUCCAAUUGAAAUCAUCCAGGUAUAUAGUUUACCAGGCAACUGCGCCAAAUCCAGGGCUUAGCUAAAACAAAUAGUGAUAAUGUAAGGUCACAGAGUUAUAAAACCUAUAGGACGCACUGCUACAAAUGUCACUGCAGCCUAUCAAUGGAAAGAUAGGAGGUGCACACUCUAGGUAUUAUAAAGCUGUGUGUAAGUUCUGAGCAUGCUUUAAAGGCCCAGUGCACUCAAAAUUCUGUUUUUCCUGUGUUUUGUAUAAUAUUUAACAGCUGAUUAAACAAACACUGAUAUUGACAUAAAAACGGCUGCAUAUGACCUUUACCCUCCACCUCUCUCUUCCUCUCUCCUCAGGGGUCCCAGCACCAAUAGAUGGCCUUUGACCUUCAGACACUGGUGUGUGUGGCGUGGAGAGGUCAGAGGUCAAAGGUGAACUGACCGACCAGGCGACCCCACUAUCUCUCUAGCCUGGUUCCAGAUCUGUUUGUGCUGUAUAGCCAACUCCUAUGGUCGUUGGACCAUAAGACAGCACAAACAGACCUGGAACCAGGCUACUCUGUCUCUCUCUCUCUGCUCACCUGUCAAAUUGAUGAGACUUAACUGUGAUGCUGAAUACACUUGCUUUUAUAACUUAGAGACCUUAUAGAUAGGCCUACAAACAUUUUAAAGACAAAACGACAACUAUGAACUAUAUAUCAAAAAGCAGGUCAUCUAAUGUAACUAACCGUGCUUAUAUAUUCUUACAUCUUAAAAUGACAAGAGAUGCCUUGUUAUUCCUCUAUAAGAAAGGAAAGGCUCAGUUUUUAUUUCUUCAGGUAAUUUCAUAUUUCGAGGCGUGAAACCUUGAGAUCAGGGUUGCAAAAUUCCGGUAACUUUCCAAAGAUUCCCUGGUUUUCCAUAAAUUCAGGUUGGAAGAUUCCUGGAAUCAGGAGGGUAUAAGCAAGAAAUCCAGAAUCCUCCAACCAGGAAUUCUGGAAAACUUGAGAAUUUUGUUAGUUACCGGAAAUUGACUACCCUACUUGAGACCCAGUGGUGCUAAGUUCGGUGAAGGAAGGAGGAGC